AUGAGCGAAGCAGAUGUUAAAAAGUUUGUUAAUAACGCUAGAAAGACGUUGACGGACGCUCAACUUUUAUGUUCAAGUGCUAAUCAAAGGAUUGUAGACAUUAAAAGAAAGUUAUCAUCCUGGCAGCUGAGUGUUUCGAAACUCAAUUUCUUGAUAGUCGGUUUGAGAGAACAAGGAAAGUUCCUUUACGUGACCAUAUUAAAGGGAGGCAUUGGAAAGAAACUAAUUCAGAAACAAUGGAAUCAAAUUGUCUUAGUGGCCCUGGUGGAUGAAAUGAAGUAUUGGCAGUACGAAAUCACUACGAAAGUAGCCAGAUUGGAUGGUAUAGUAAAUGAGCUAAAUGUGACAGAUAAAGAUGAUAAUGAUCUUCCCAAAUUAGGAGAUUACAUCUCCAGGGAAAACAUCAACUUAUUGAAUGAAAAAUUGAAGGAAGUGCCUGUGAUUGAACGUCAGAUAGAAAAUAUUAGACUUCAAUACGAAAACAUGGUUAGAAAAGUUAACAGGGAUUUGAUUGAAACUAAACUAGCAGACAUAAUACGAACAUUUCAAAGUAAUUUCGGCAUAGAUAAGUCAACGGAGACAGAUGUGGCGGAACAAUUUAGUAGAGAACUAACUGAUCUCGAAAAAGAUCUAGUGGAGAUUAUGAACUCCCUUACACAACAUUUUGAUAAAACACUAUUAUUACAGGACAAAAAAGUAGGCAACGAAGAACGUGGAGACCUGUUUAAGGUGGUACAGGGCGAUGAUCAAGAGUUAUACAACAUAACUAAGACUUUACAUGAAAUAAUCAAUGAUGUGGACAAGACAAUACUCAAUUUAAAUCAAUUCCUGCAAAAAAAAAUGGAUGAAAAGGCUGAAAUACACAACGGGGUCUCUGAAAUCAUAAAUGAUUUCAACAGAAACUUGGAGUAUUUGAUAAUCUUCAAAGAUAUUUCAAAUCUCAUCGAUACCUUCAAAAAUUCCUGUACACAAGAUAUUCAGAUAACAAAAGAACUUUGUGAAUUUUACGAUAGUUUCGAAAAAAGCUACUCUAACUUGGUUUCAGAAGCGAAAAGGAGAAGGGAAGUGGCAAGUAAAAUGGAAAUUAUAUUGAAAGAUUGCGAGAAACAAUUGCAGGAUUUGAAUGCUCAAGACCAGAAAGAACGUCAGAACUUCAUAGCUGAAAAUGGAACUUAUCUUCCAGAGACAAUAUGGCCUGGUGAAAUUGACGAUUUUUCCUCCUUGUACACUAUAAAUUACAACGUCAAGAAUUCUUGA